ACUAUCGGACAGGCCCAUGUUUUGCAGCAGUGAGCAAUCAGAUGUGCCAGGGGCAGCUAACCGGGAUAGUGUGCACUAAAACACUGUGUUGUGCGACGGUGGGCCGAGCCUGGGGUCAUCCAUGUGAACAAUGUCCUGCUCAGCCUCAGCCCUGCCGCCGGGGCUUCAUCCCAAACCACCGCACCGGAGCCUGCCAGGAUGUGGAUGAGUGCCAGGCCAUUCCUGGUCUGUGUCAGGGAGGAAAAUGCAUUAACACAGUGGGCUCGUUCGAGUGUAAAUGCCCUGCAGGACACCGAUUCAACGAGAUCAACCAGAAAUGUGAAGACGUAGACGAGUGUUCAACUAUCCCCGGAUUGUGCAGUGGAGGAGAAUGCUCCAACACCAUUGGUAGCUACGUCUGUAGAUGUCCUGUGGGAUACGACACGGCUCUGGAUGGAUCACGAUGCAUUGAUGCCCAUGCAGGAAUUUGCUUUGACAGUAUCAUAAAUAACCGCUGUGCAAACCAGAACUCCCAGCGCAUGACCAAGACCCAGUGCUGCUGUACAUCAGGCCGCUGCUGGGCCAGAAACACCGUCCCCGAGAUUUGCGCCAUCCUUGGGACAGAGGAGUACCAGAUAAUGUGUCAACAGAGGCAGCCUGUUGUUCCUGGUGGACCUGGCACCGGCCCUUAUGUUCCUGGUGGACCUGGCACUGGCCCAUAUGUUCCUGGUGGACCUGGCACUGGCCCAUAUGUUCCUGGUGGACCUGGUACAGGCCCGUAUAUUCCUAGUGGUCCUGUCAUAGGCCCAUAUGUUCCAUACGAUCCAUAUGUGCCUCAGGUCCCUGUUAUACAACCUCCUGACCGUCCCGGACCAGAUGGUGUGCCACCACUUCGUGUCAUACCAGGUUUCCAGAACAUUACAAACAUGUGUGAGUUCGUGAGAAACCUGUGUUUGAAUGGUCGCUGCAUUCCAGUCCAUGGGAGUUACCGCUGCGAGUGUAACAUGGGCUUCCGUCUGGACAGCCGUGGGGAGUGUAUUGAUGAUGACGAGUGUGAGCGUAAUCGGUGUGUGCAUGGCCAGUGCAUAAACAUUCCAGGUUCCUACUACUGUCAGUGUCCAGUUGGAUUUCAGACCACUGCUACCAGAACUGAGUGCAAAGAUCUGGAUGAGUGUGUAGCUAACGGACGUAUCUGCAAUAACGGACGCUGUGUGAAUACGGAGGGGAGUUUCCACUGUGUGUGUAACGCUGGCUUUGAACUUUCUUCUGAUGGGAAGAACUGCCAAGAUAUGGACGAGUGCAAGAUUAGGAACAUCUGUUUGAACGGGAUGUGCAUCAACGACGACGGCAGCUUCAAGUGCAUCUGUAAGAGCGGGUUCCUGCUGGAUGGCACGGGACGUUACUGCAUCGACAUUGAUGAGUGCGAGACUCCAGGAAUGUGUUUAAACGGUCGCUGUGUGAACACUGAGGGCUCCUUCAGGUGCGAGUGCAUGCCGGGACUUGCUGUCGGCCUCGAUGGUCGCACGUGUGGGGACACACACAUGCGUAGUACAUGUUAUGGCGGUUAUAAGCGUGGUCAGUGUGUGCAGCCAUUCUUCGGUGCUCUGACAAAAUCUGAAUGUUGCUGUGCGAGUACUGAAUAUGCCUUUGGAGAACCGUGCCAACCCUGCCCACCACAAACCUCAGCUGAAUUUGCUGCUCUGUGUCCUAGUGGACCCGGCACCACCACCGAUGGCAGAGACAUUAACGAAUGUGCGUUGGAUCCUGAUAUCUGUCCAAAUGGAGAGUGUGAGAACAUGCUGCGUACCUACAAGUGUAACUGUAACCUGGGCUUCGAGGUGGACUUGACGGGGAAAAUCUGCGUAGAUGUUGAUGAAUGUGUGAGGAACAGGUUGCUGUGUGAUAACGGGUUCUGCCGGAACACUCCGGGCAGCUACGUCUGCCAAUGCCCCAAAGGCUUUGAAUUCAAGCCUGAGACUGAAGUAUGUGAGGAUAUUGACGAGUGUCUGUCCCAACCUUGUGUAAAUGGAGACUGUAAGAACACUGUGGGCAGCUUCAUCUGUGAAUGUGGCACAGGCAGCAGUCUGGACUCCAGCAAGACCCAGUGUAUCGAGACGAGUAAAAGUACAUGCUGGUUGAAGGUGGUGAACAAUAAGUGUGAGGUGAACAUAAAUGGAGCGACACUGAAAUCUGAAUGCUGCGCUACACUCGGAGUGGCCUGGGGGUCGCCAUGUAAAGUGUGUGAAACAGAUACGCAUUGUCCUAAAGGACACAUCCGAACCAAAGGAACAAUUUGUCAAGAUGUGAACGAGUGUGAGGUGUUUCCGGGUUUGUGUAUUAAUGGGAAUUGUGUGAACACGGUCGGAUCGUUCUUCUGUCAGUGUCCCACCGGAAUGACCAUUGACGCGUCUGGGAGAAUCUGCAUCGAUCUGCGUACAGAACACUGUUAUCUGUCCCAUGAGGACGAGCGAUGUGGAACUCCGAUCCCGGGCCGUCACCGUGUGGACGCGUGUUGUUGUUCGGUGGGCGUGGCCUGGGGACCGGAGUGUGACGAGUGUCCUGAGAAAGGCUCGGCUGAAUAUAACCGUCUGUGUCCCCGGGGCCCGGGGUUCUAUCACCGUGAAAACUUCAAUGGAAAACCCUUCCCCAAAGAUAUAAACGAGUGUAAGAUGAUCCACAACCUCUGCACUAAUGGAAAGUGCCGGAACACCAUUGGCAGUUUCCGCUGCAGGUGCAACAGCGGCUUUGACCUCGACGCUGACGAGAGGAACUGUACAGAUAUUGAUGAGUGUCGUAUCUCUCCUGAUGUGUGUGGUUACGGGACGUGUGUGAACACGGCGGGAGAUUUCGAGUGCGAGUGUUUCCCUGGUUACGAGAGUGGAUUCAUGAUGAUGAAGAACUGUAUGGAUAUUGAUGAGUGUGAGAGAAACCCACUGCUGUGUCGUGGAGGUGUUUGUGUAAACACUGAGGGAAGUUUCCACUGCGUCUGUCCUCCAGGACACGAAGUUUCUACUGACGGAUCCUCCUGCCUCGACAUUAACGAGUGUGAGCUGAGUGAUAAACUGUGCAGAAACGGACAGUGUGUGAACAUGAUCGGACGCUACCAAUGUUCCUGCAACACCGGCUACAAAUCCACAGAGGACCGACUGUCCUGUAUCGAUAUUGAUGAGUGCACCAUCCUGAACGGCGGCUGUGAGACGACCUGCACCAACUCAGAUGGAAGUUAUGAGUGUAGCUGUCGCCGUGGAUACGCCCUGAUGCCUGACCAACGCAGCUGCACCGACAUCGAUGAAUGUGAGGAGAGUCCAGAUAUCUGUGAUGGUGGUCAGUGCACCAACAUUCCAGGAGAGUUUCAAUGUCUCUGCUAUGAUGGUUACAUGUCCUCUGAAGAUAUGAAGACCUGCCUGGAUGUGGAUGAGUGUGAGCUAAACCCUAAUAUCUGUCUGAGUGGGAAGUGUGAGAACACCAAAGGAUCUUUCAUCUGUCACUGUGAACUCGGCUACUCUGUCAGGAAGGGAACAACCGGCUGUACAGAUAUUAACGAGUGUGAAAUUGGAGCUCAUAAUUGUGCCAGACACGCCACUUGCACCAACACAGCUGGAAGCUUCAAAUGCAGCUGUGGCCCAGGAUGGAUCGGGAACGGGAUUGUAUGCACAGAUCUGGACGAGUGCUCUAACGGUACACACCAGUGCAGCCCAAAUGCAGAGUGUAUGAAUACCAUGGGCUCAUACCGCUGCAUGUGUAAGGAAGGAUUCGCCGGAGAUGGGUUCUACUGCACAGAUUUUGAUGAGUGUGCAGAGAACGUGAAUCUGUGUGAGAACGGUCACUGCCUGAACGUUGCCGGCGGUUACCGCUGUGACUGUGACAUGGGCUUCAUAGCAACACCUGAUGGACAAUCAUGUGAAGACAUCGAUGAGUGUACGUUUGCUGAUAUCUGUGUGAACGGACGCUGUCGAAAUAUCCCGGGUUUGUUCAGGUGUGUUUGUCAUAUUGGCUACGAGCUGGACCGCAGCGGAGGAAACUGUACAGAUAUAAACGAGUGUGCAGACCCCACCACGUGUAUCAGCGGGUUUUGCGUGAACACUCUAGGUAGCUACAUCUGUAACUGCCCCCCCGACUUCCAGCUCAAUCCUACAGGAGUCGGCUGCGUGGACACUCGUUCUGGGAAUUGCUAUCUUGACGUUCGUUCCCGUGGCGACGCUUCAGAGAGUUUGGACUGUUCCAAUGAGAUUGGUGUGGGGGUGUCCAAAGCCUCCUGCUGCUGCUCGCUAGGACAGGGGUGGGGAAAUCCAUGUGAGGCCUGUCCACCACUUAACUCCUCUGGGUAUAAACAUCUGUGUCCCGGUGGAGAGGGUUUUAGACCCAACCCAAUUACAGUCAUAGUGGAGGACAUUGAUGAGUGUCAGGAGCUGCCUGGUUUGUGUCAGGGUGGCGUCUGCGUCAACACAUUUGGGAGUUUUCAGUGUUUCUGUCCGAAAGGCUUCGCUCUCAAUGAUGAUACUCGAGUGUGUGAAGAUGUGAAUGAAUGUGAGAAGCCCGGGAUCUGUGGUCCAGGUCAAUGCUACAACACCAUUGGGAACUACACCUGCAUCUGUCCUCCAGAUUACAUGCAGAUUAAUGGAGGAAAUAACUGCAUGGACAUGCGGCGCAGUCUGUGUUACAGGAACUAUUACACGGAGAAUGCCACGUGUGACGGUGAGCUCACGUUCAACAUGACGAAGAAAAUGUGCUGCUGCUCCUAUAACAUCGGCCGAGCUUGGAACAAACCGUGUGAACGGUGUCCUACACCCAGCACCAACGAGUUUGCAAUUCUGUGUGGCAGCGAGAGGCCGGGAUACCAAAUCGAUAUUGUCACUGGACUAGUGAUCGAUAUCGACGAGUGCCAUGAGAUCCCCGGAGUGUGUGAGAAUGGAGUGUGUAUCAACCUUAUUGGCAGUUUCCGGUGUGAAUGUCCAAUGGGCUUCGUCUACAACGACAAACUGCUCAUCUGUGAAGAUAUUGACGAGUGUCAGAACGGACCCGUGUGUCAGCAGAACGCCAGGUGUUUGAAUCUUGCAGGCAGUUAUCGCUGCGAUUGUGAACAAGGAUACAGACUCACCCACACCGGACUGUGUCUGGAUCGUAACGAGUGUGUAGAGAACCCUAAUGUGUGUAGUCCAGGUCAGUGUAUCGAUUUGGUGGGAGGAUAUCGGUGUCUCUGCCCCAAUGGCUACAAGGCCAUCACUGCCCCUGCCAUGUGCAUAGAUGUGGACGAGUGUGAGAGACAGCCGUGUGGUAAUGGAACGUGUAAGAACACCAUUGGCUCCUACACCUGCCUCUGCUAUCCAGGGUUCCAACUGUCGCACAAUGAUGACUGCAUCGAUACUGAUGAGUGUACCACACAGAGAGGAAUAUGUCGCAAUGGGAACUGUAUCAACACAGUGGGUUCCUUCAUAUGUGUGUGUCGUGAUGGUUAUGAACUUUCUCCAGAUGGCCGGGUGUGUGUGGAUAUUAAUGAGUGUGAUAUCAAUCCUGGAACUUGUAGUCCUGGAACCUGCCAAAAUCUGGAUGGCUCCUACAGGUGUAUCUGCCCUUCUGGAUAUUACCUCUCAGCGGAGAAGUGCCUAGAUAUCGAUGACUGUGCUCAGACUCCAGAUAUCUGUAUCUUUGGACAAUGCCAAAAUACAGAAGGAAGCUUCAAGUGCAUCUGUCCUGAAGGCUUCCAGCUCUCUUCCUCUGGGAGGAGGUGUGUGGAUAAACGAGUGAGUUUUUGUUACACUAAGUUUGAGAAUGGUCGUUGUUCAGCUCCGAAGCCUCUGAACACCACUAAAGGAGAAUGUUGCUGCAGUGCUAUGCCUGGUCAUGGAUGGGGAGACCCCUGUAACUUCUGCCCCAACAAGACCUCUAAUGACUUCAGCCUUCUCUGCUACAGCACUGGACAACCGUACGGGACAGACGAUGGACCCGAGGACACGGAUGAGUGCAAAGACCCGAACAUCUGCCAUAACGCUCAGUGUAUAAACACAGACGGCUCGUUCCGUUGUGACUGUCACAUCGGAUACACUCUCGACUCGUCAGGGGCAAACUGCACAGAUAUAGAUGAGUGCAGCGUGGGGAACCCAUGUGGUAACGGAACCUGCACUAAUGUGAUUGGAGGAUUUGAGUGUGCAUGUGACGAGGGAUUCGAACCUGGACCCAUGAUGACAUGUGAAGAUGUGAACGAGUGUUCCCAGAAUCCUUUGCUGUGUGCCUUCCGCUGUAUGAACACAUACGGCUCCUAUGAGUGUAAAUGUCCUGCGGGAUACGUACUCCGAGAAGAUCAGCGGAUGUGCAGAGACCAGGACGAGUGUGCAGAAGGUCUGGAUGACUGCAAGUCCAAAGGAAUGACCUGUAAGAACCUGAUCGGAACCUACAUGUGUAUCUGUCCAGAGGGAUACACCCGAAAACCAGGAGGAGAGGGGUGUAUAGAUCUGAACGAGUGUACAGCGAAGCCCAGAGUGUGUGAGAAUGGCCGCUGUGAGAACACGGUGGGAAGCUACAGGUGCAGGUGUGACCAAGGAUUCAUGCCCAGCUCCACAAUUACAGAGUGUAUCGAUAAUCGGCAGGGUUUCUGUUUCACUGAGGUUCUGCAGACUUUGUGUCAGAUGGGCUCCUCCAACCGAGUGAGCGUGACGAAAUCGGAGUGUUGUUGUAAUGGAGGUCGCGGUUGGGGAUCAGACUGUGAGAUCUGUCCUCUUCCUGGAACGACCCAGUACAAAAAAAUGUGCCCACUUGGUCCUGGAUACACCACCGACCGACAGGAUAUUGAUGAGUGUAAGGUGAUGGGGAAUCUGUGUAAGAACGGACGAUGUGUGAACACACAGGGCUCCUACCAGUGCGUCUGUAACCCCGGAUACACCACCGACAUUACCAGCACCAUCUGUGUUGAUGUGGAUGAGUGUGCUCAGGCUCCUAAACCAUGCAACUUCAUCUGUAAGAACAUCGAGGGAGGAUACGUGUGCUCCUGUCCACGGGGUUACAUACUGCAGGAGGACCGCAAGAGCUGCAAAGAUCUGGACGAAUGCUCCACUAAACAGCAUAACUGUCAGUUUCUGUGUGUGAACACAAUCGGUGGAUUCACCUGCAAGUGUCCACCUGGAUUCACGCAACAUCACACAGCCUGCAUCGAUAAUAACGAGUGUACGUCAGAUCCAGGUCUUUGUGGUAGUAACGGAGUGUGUCAGAACAGUCCAGGAAGUUUCAGCUGCGAGUGCCAGAGAGGGUUCUCACUCGACCAGGGUGGCCAACGCUGCGAAGAUGUUGAUGAGUGUGACGGAGAUCAUCGGUGUAAUCAUGGCUGUCAGAAUCUGAUUGGUGGAUUCAGGUGUAGCUGUCCUCACGGCUACCUGCAGCACUACCAGUGGAACCAGUGUGUCGAUGAGAACGAGUGUCAGAGUGGGCAGGUGUGUGGCGGUGCGUCGUGUCACAACACACUGGGCAGUUUCCGCUGUGUGUGUCCCAGCGGCUUCAUGUUCACUCACAACAGCGGCGCGUGCGAGGACGUGAACGAGUGCUCAUCUCCACAGAACCCCUGCAACUACGGCUGCUCCAACACCGACGGCGGUUUUGUGUGUGUGUGUCCACCCGGAUACUACAGAGCCGGACAGGGGCACUGCGUAUCAGGAGUGGGCUUCAGCAGCAGUACUCCACCUGCAGUAGAUGAGGAGAACGCUCUCUCACCUGAAGCGUGUUACGAGUGUAAGAUCAACGGCUAUCCAAAGAAAGGCCGGAAACGACGCAGCAGCAACACAACCGAGGAACACACCACACAGGUUGAUCAAGAAGUGAUUACUUCAGCCAGCGUGGAUGUUGAUGACAUCAUUCGUUUUAACCUGAGCGUUGGAGACCUAAGUGCUAAAGAUCACAUCAUCGAGUUCCUGCCAGCUCUCUCCACACUCAAAAACCACGUCCGUUAUGCUAUCGACUUGGGGAACGAUGCUGGCCUGUUCAAACUCAACCAGCGGGAUGGAGUGAGCUUCCUGCACUUGUCCAAAAACAAGCGUCACCACCUUCUGCCUGGAGUUUAUUAUUUACAAAUCAGCGGCGUUCCUGUGUAUGGUAAGAAGGAGCUGGAUGCGCUAGAGGACGAGAACGAUAAAGACUACCUCAGUGGAGAACUGGGAGAAACGCUACACGUUAAACUACAGAUCAACCUGCAUUAGCUAUACACCAAAGAAACGAUCAAAGAGGACUCCUAUUUACUACAGCGAAAGAUCUCCACACCAGAGAUAUCGUCUCUCCACAUCGUCUCUCAGAAAUAACCGUAACAAUAAUAACAGUACAUAUCUACAUUCUAUAGAACUGAAAGCUGCAGCGUCAAAGUGUUUUGUCUGAUCCAACACACAUUUUGAAUUACAGCAUUGUUUGUACUGUGCUCUUGUCCAAUUCCCCCAUCAGAUAAGUGUGAACUCGCACCAAGCAUUAUGUAGCUCAAGCAAUUUUCUCUAAGAUUCAACAGUGUCCUACACAUUGGCUUGCUAACUUUCUAGUGUGAUUAUAAGCUAAUAGAAUAAGUAUAGCAAACAAGCAGAAAAAAGCUGAAUAGCUAGCUAGCAUGGCAACAAAGGGUCUCCACUUAGCUACAAGGCAAAAAAUUGCUAACCAGCUGGCAUGCGAACUAGUUAGUAGAGUAAACCUGGAUGAGUAGCUUGCUUGCUGAGUAUGUACCAUGCUGAUUAGAUGUUACCAGCUAGACAGCUGUCAGUGUUUAUGGCAAUUACCCAACAUGUUAACUAGCUAACAGAGUAAAAUGUGCCGACUAGCUGGCUUGCUAAUUAGCUAAUGUGCUACCCUGCUAGUAGAACACAAGUUGCCCAGCUCCCUCGGAAUCAUAUACAGAUGUACAAGCAUAAGUAACAAAACCUAAUAAAAGCCCAAUGCCUUCUAGCUUCAGCCACCAUUUUGAAAAGAAAACGUUCUUAGAUUGCAGCAAUGCUUUCUGGGUAAGUUGUGAUCCUGCAAACUAGUGUUUAUGUCUACAACUCGAUCAUCUAGAGCAUCUUGGUCUAGGUCAAGGGGAAGUGGACAAGGGCAGAUAAAAACAGUAUUGAAGCAGACAUGAAGCUAAAGUGGGUGAAUAAAUUGUGUACGAGCAGGAGACUGGACAGAAAUAUCAUUUAUUAAAUCACUAAUUUUUGACCACUUUAAAGCUUAAAAGUCUCAAAGUUACAUUUCAGUCUAAAAUAGAUGCCCACAAUGUCCUCUUUACCCUAAAUGUAUUUGAUUAUACAUGUUUGAAGUGCACCAUUUGUAUUAACUAAUGAACUGUAUACCUAGUUAGCAUUAGCAGGUCAAUUAUAAUUACGUAUAUUUCUUAUUGGAAUUAAUAAAUGCUGGACAUGCCACGCCCAAAGGCAACUUGUCACAUGUGAAUGCAGGAUAAAGGAAGCCUCCAUUUUAACACCAGUGCAAAUUGACCUCAGUUGUUCUGUACCUCAAACAGAUUUGACACAUUCUGUCUAAAGGGGAAUAUUGUGUGCUAUUUAUUUUCAGCUGAACUGUUAUUUUAUUUUUUUUGGUUCCAUUGUGGUUAUAAAGGACUCUGCUUCUUUCUUUUCUGCGCUGUCUAUCUUAGCUCAGUGUUUUAAUCGUAUUUACUGGUGCUAAUAACACGUCAACAUUAGAUUUAUGAAUGCACUGCAAACUGAUGCCACUUAAUGCCUUUCGCUACUCUGUGCAGGACGUGUGUGUAUUACUGUAACCAUGCCGCGUUUAACCUGGGGAUCUUUUAUAAACACAUGUAUAGUGCCCUGGACUGAAGGGCUCACAAUGGUGCUCAUUAUAAAGACCAACUACUUUUUUUAUUCCGAUUCUGUAACUGUACAUUUCACCUUUCAGAGGAAGAAAAAGAAAGAGACUACUGCACUGAGGCCGUCCAGGCCGAAAACACGCACUCGCAAUAUAGUCAGUGCCUUCAACGAGACACCACCAUCAUUCAGUGUUCACAUCAUGAGGAGUUUAGGUGUAAAUUCACAAUAAAAGAACGUUUUGGUUUGAACAGGG